GGCAAGGACACCCGAGAAAAGAUUGUGGGAGGCCCAAAACUGAAAAGAUCCUCUCAGGAGCGUCCUUGUUCACUCUGGGUGUCCGAAUUUUGCUGCCGCAUUUUAUCGAACAAGUGGUGUGCGGCGUUAUUGUUCUUCAAUAGCAAAAAAAAAGGCGAUCACACUCAAAGCUUGGUUCUUGUAUUUUCUUUGCACGUGCCAUUGAAGGGAAAGCGCUUCGCAUUUCAUCGCGGUCUGGUGCUAAUGCAGUUGAGUUCAUCAUCAACCACGCUGAAGUUUCAAUAGCUUUUGCUCAAGAGAACAAAAUCCCUGCUGACUACUGGAAAGUUAUUGUCCCAAACAGUGACCAACUGCAUAAGUAAUAUAUACUGAUGCACAUCUGGAGAUUGGAAAGCUGUAAUUAGUACUAAUGCAGCAAUGUUGGUAAAGCAUUGUCUAUGGACCAAAUGUGACGAAUACAGGUAUUGCAAAUAGAGUUUCCUCCGGUGGAACCAUACCCUGUUCCAAUAUGCAUAUAAGUUAGGCAGCUCAGCAGUUGGCAUUUUCAUUGGCAGUCUUAUUCUAAGCUACUGAAAGGUUUAAAUAACAAGAAGUUGGUGUGUCUGAAGAAGUCUCUUCCACAAGAUAAAGCACAAGCUUGAGUUUAAAAAGUUUUACCGCUUAUCAAGAGCUAGUUGGUGACAAACUGGCAGUUGCAUCUACCUAUCAACCAAACCAAUUGCAUUGGCAAAAUAUCCAGUCCUCUUCCUGGAAGAGUCUUCCGUUACCGUUUCUUCUUUUCUCGGUAGUUUCGCUUCGUCUUCCGGGAAAAACUGUGAUCCUUCAUUUCACCAGCACUCAAACAACAACCGUUCCUGCUUUUUCCACCCGUUCAUACUUCAUACACAUACAAUCUGUUUCUUGGCAGUUUCGUUUCAUCUUACACGCCCUUGACUUCACAUUGACGUUGAUCGAAGCUACCAGGAAACAGUGAUCAAGCAGUGUUCCUUUUCUGUUCCUCUUCCUCUUCCGCUCCUUCUUCAUUCCAUCAGCGAGCUGAGCGUGAAAUCAAACAAAAAGCUAGAUUCGAUGGCCACCCAAUUGAGUGCUUCUUCCUCAUUAUCUUUUGUUCCUUUUUCUACCCGUUCAUACACACACGAUGUGUUUCUGAGUUUCAGAGGCGAGGAUACACGCUACAAUUUUACAGGUCAUUUGCACAGAAAUUUGGUUCAAAGGGGGAUCAACACUUUCAUAGAUGAUGAUGAUCUUCCAAGAGGAGAGGAAAUAUCAGAAGCACUUCUCCGAGCCAUUGAAGGAUCAAGGCUCUCUCUCAUUGUGUUCUCUGAAAACUAUGCAUCCUCAAAGUGGUGUUUGGAUGAACUAGUUCAUAUUCUUGAAUGUAGAAUAUCAAAGAACCAAAUGGUUCGGCCAAUCUUUUACAAAGUGGAUCCAUCGGACGUAAGACACCAAAGAGGCACAUUUGGUGAGGCACUUGCAGAGCAUGAACGCAUAUUCAAAGAUGACAGAAUAAACAAGGUGUUAAGAUGGAGAACAGCUCUUUCUGAAGCAGCAAAUUUAUCUGGGUGGCAUUUCUCGGGCAGGCAUGAAUAUGAAUCUAAAUUUAUUGAUAGAAUCAUUAAAGAGAUUUCUGCUCAUGUAAUAAAACACACCCCUUUGAAUGAGGCAAAGUUUCCAGUCGGGAUAGAAUCUCGUGUACAAGACAUGCUUGAACUCUUAGAUGUUGGGGGAAGUGAUGUACGCAUGGUAGGGAUAUGGGGCAGUGGUGGAAUAGGGAAGACAACAAUUGCUAAAGCUGUUUACAAUUCAAUUGCUAAUGAGUUUGAAGAUAGUUGCUUUUUGGAAAAUGUUAGAGAACGUUCAGUGCCACAUGAUGGUCUAGUCAACCUACAAAACAGUCUUCUUUCUGAGAUUCUAGGGGGCAAAGAACUGAAUGUAAUCAAUGUUGAUAAAGGAAUCAAUUUGUUGCGUCAAAGGUUGAGAAAUAAAAGGAUUCUGUUAAUUCUUGAUGAUGUGAAUAAAUUGGACCAGUUAGACACAUUAGCCGGAGCACCUGAUUGGUUUGGUCGUGGCAGCAGAAUUAUCGUCACAACAAGAGAUAAGCGUUUGUUGACUGUUCACGAAGUCAAGCCUAUGUACAAAGCCAGGGAACUAGAUCAUCACGAAGGUUGUGAGCUCUUCAGAUCAAUUGCCUUCAAGAAUAAGAGAAUUUUAGAUGACAAUGAGAAGCACUCAGUUAGUACUGUUGUUGAAUAUGCUCAAGGCCUUCCGUUAGCCCUGGUAAUUUUGGGUUCACAUCUCUAUGCUAGACCGGUACAUAAAUGGCAAGCUAUGCUAGAUGGUUUUAAAAGAAAUCUUCUCGAAGGCAUUCAAGGUAUUCUCAAAGUAAGUUAUGAUGGACUGGAAAAAAUAGUGAAAGAAGUUUUCCUCGACAUUGCUUGUUUCUUCAAAGGUUGGAAGACAAAUGAUGUGAUACAGAUACUAGAAGGUUGUGACCGCAGCAACCCCACGCAUAGUAUUGAAGUUCUUGAAGAAAAGGCUCUCAUAUAUGUUGAUCGUUAUAGUGAGAUUUGCAUGCAUGAUUUGCUACAAGAGAUGGGAAAAGAUAUAGUUCAGCAAGAGUCUACAGAGCCCGGUGAGCGAAGCAGAUUGUGGCAUCACAAGGAUGUGCAGGAGGUUCUAACAGAAAACACGGGAACAAGUAAAAUUGAAGGUAUAAUGAUAAAGAUGCCUACAACAGAUGAGAUACGCUUGAGUCCUAAAUGCUUCAAAAAGAUGAGAAAUCUUAAAAUUUUUAUAAACGUGAAUGGACAGUUUUGUGGAAAGGUUGAUUAUUAUCCGAAUCAGUUGCGAUUACUUUAUUGGCGUAACUAUCCGGUACAAUCUUUGCCCUCUGAUUUUAAUAUGAAGGAUCUGGUUCAACUUAAUAUGCCUUGCAGCCGCAUCUCACGUUUCGGAGAAGGAUUCAAGAGUAUGGAAAAUCUGAAAUCCUUAAAUUUGAGUGGAUGUAAAUUCCUAGCACAAAGCCCAGACCUGUCUGGAAGCCCAAACUUAGAGUUCCUGGAUCUAAGCUAUUGUAAAAGUUUAAAGAAGGUUCACCCUUCGGUUGGAUCCCUCAAAAAGCUUGUUGACCUGAAUCUUGAAAGAUGCUCUAACCUUGUGAGGCUACCAGGAGAAGUCAACUGGAGAUUCCUCCGAUCCAUUAAUCUCAACUACUGCACAAGGCUGGAGAGUUUCCCUGAAAUUGAGGGAGAGCUGAAAUACAUGACAUCCUUGAGGCUAUCCAACACUGGCAUCAAAGCAUUGCCUUCAUCCAUUGGAUAUCUAAUUAACCUUGAAGACUUGUGGUUAGAUAAUUGUGGAAACCUCACAGACCUACCUUGCGGCAUUUAUGAAUUGCAGAAGUUAUGCUUUGUUUUUUUGUGGCAUUGCCCAAAACUCGUAAGAUUCCCAAAUAAGGUGGAGUCUGAAGUGCUUCCAACUUACUCAAAGGUUUCACAUGACAACCGUGACUCUUUAUCGAAAAGAAAGAGAUGGCGUGCAGGCAGUUCAUUGGUGCCAGAGCCAGACACUGAAUUCAAUUCGGCGCUUCCUUGGCUAUCUUACUUCAUCGCAUCUCCAUGCAAUUUGUCUAAUAUUGAUUUCCUCGCGUCCCUUGAUUGUGCAUCCACUUUAAGGGAACUUAAUUUAUCAGGAAGCCCCAUUGUUAUUCUUCCCGAAUGCAUCAACAAAUUUGUCGACUUGUGGGAACUCAAUUUGAUCGGCUGCAGGAGGCUCGUAGAAAUUCCAGAGCUUCCACCAAGGAUUCGCCGGUUGUAUGUGAGGGAUUGCGUAUCAUUGGAAAGAAUUUCGAAGUUGUCAAACAUUUUGGAGCGUAAAGAAUCACAAAUGAUUAAGGAGAUGGACUUGACUAAUUGCUGGAGACUCUGUCAAAAUUUGGUUCAGAUGGCAAACAAGGAUGAUGAUGAUGAAGUGCACGCUGAUCUCUUCUUUCGACUCCUAUCUUCUCAGCAAUCCAAAUUCACAAUUACAUUUCCAGUUCCAAGAAGCGAGAUUCCAAAGUGGUUCAGCUGUCAAAUGGAUUUCAUGGGGCAUCUACGGUUUGAAUUUUAUAUCGAAACACUUGCAAAUUUCAAAUGGGACAACACAGGAUUGGCUCUCUGUGUUGCUGUUGAUCAAAAGCUGCAAGAUCAUUGGACUGGUUUCACGUUCUAUAUUCACAUCAAUGAAGUACGUGUUUCAAUUCCCAAAUGGGAAGUUUCCAAGUAUGAACGUGUUUAUUCAGGAGAGUCGGAUCAUGUGUGGCUGCACUAUGUUCCCUUCCUUGAAAUGUGGCGAUUUGGUUAUAUGCGUCCGUUGCCCCCUUUUACGUGUCGAGUCUUUAUUUAUCAAGAUGAGAAAUCUCGGUCCUCCAUAAAAAGCUGUGGUGUCCACCUUGUAAUGCCACCCAAUGAAGACGUUUCUAUGAAGCUAAUCCGUGCAGAGAACCUCACCAGUGAACUUUCUUCUGAUGAACUUGAAAAGGUAUUGUUUCCUUUUAAAGCAGACGACUCAGAGGACUUCUGGGACAAUUAUCGUCCCAAGCAGAGGACUGACUGCAAAGAAUUAUAUACCGAUGCACAACUGGAGAACGAAAAGCUGUAGUUACUGAUGCAGCAUGGCAUUGUCUAUGGACCAGUGUUACGAAUACAGGGAAUGCCCUGAGGAAUCUAAGGAAGCUGUUGCAUCACUAAUGGUUACUGCAGCUAGGUUUUCUGAUUUACCAGAGUUUUGUGACAUUAGGCCACUAUUUCAAGUGAGAUAAGUGAAUUCUGGAUUAUUAUGUGGAUUAAAAGUUUGUUGAGAACAUAGCUUCAAAGCCUCCCACAUUGGAGAAGAAGGUUCAGUUGACAUCGCAUUGGAGUUUUCAAUAAAGUGGGACUCCAAGGCCUUUGAACAAAGGAUGUCUAAACCUCCUGCAUUUAUACAGUGCAAACCAUGAAAUUUUGGAUAUGUAUAGGGUUUCAGGCACAGGCAUCAAUCUGUGUAAGCAAAGCUAUGAAAUGGUGGGAGAAAACCCUAAAACUGAACAUGGUGGAGAUCCAUUCUGCUAAGACCUCAUUGAUUCUUUGCAUAAUGCUGGUGAUAGAUUGGUUGUAGUGGAUUUUUACUCACCUGGUUAUGGAGAUUGUAGAGCUGUCCAUCCCAAGCUUAGAAUACGAGCUUUCCUUCUACUGGGUUUUUCCCCCCAUUUUCGUUUUACAAUCUUCCUACUAUGCUAUCUCAGCAGAAAAACCCACCUGGGGAUUUGCAACCUCUGCCGCCGCAGCCACAAUUAGCUUCAAAUCAUAGUCAUGCUCAACCCGAUAAGCAUACAUUCUCUAUAAGGAUUUGUUGCUUUUGCCAAGAAAAAUGUGAGGACGGCAUUCUGCAUGAAGCUUGUUAGACCGAUUGGUUGCUUUCUAUUUGGUGAUCAAGUUGGCAAAUCUGCAGAAGGGCCUAACAAAAGCAAAAGCAGCACCUCUCUUCGACAAGCUUGUUUUUGACAAGAUAAAACAAGAGCUAGGAGGACAAGUUCGUAUAAUGUUGUCUGGUACUGCACCUUUGCCCAGGCAUGUGGAGGAAUUUAUCAGAAGGAUAUGGCCUUACUGAAAGCUAUGGUGGGUGUUUUACGUCCCUUGGCAAUGUUUAUCCUAUGAUUGGAACUGUUGGUGUCCCCCUGACAACUAUUGAAGUGUGGCUUGAGUCGGUCCCAGAACUGGGAUAUGAUGCACUUUCUAGUGUGCCAUGUGGAGAGAUUUUCCUAGGAGGAAAAACCUUGUUUUCUGGUUACCACAAGCGACAAGAUCUAACUGAAGAAGUCCUUAUUGAUGGGUGGUUCCGUACAGGUGAUAUAGGUGGAUGGCAGCCUAAUGGAGCAAUGAAAGUUGCAGACAGGAAAAUGGAAGUAUUUAAACUGUCUCAAGGUGAAUAUGUUGCUAUGGAAAGCAUUGAAAGCAAAUACUUGCAAUGGCCCCUUAUCACAUCAAUAUGGGUUUAUGGGAACGGCUUUGAGUCAUUUCUUGUUGCUGUGGUUGUUCCUGGCAGAAAGGCCUUGCUGAGCAUCAUUUGACUGAUGAUUACAAAUCAUUGUGUCAAAACCUGAAAACAAGAAAUUACAUUUUGGAUGAGCUCAAUAGUACGGGUCAGAAACAGCAACUUCGAGGGUUUGAGUUGUUAGAAGCAGCUUCAAAAUUUGGUUCAGAUGGCAAAGAUGGAAGAUGAUGAGGUGGGCUCUAAUUUCUUCUCUUGACUCCUAUCUUGCUUUUCUUGGGAGGAAUUUUCUUAGUAGAUUUGGGUUUCCGGGAACAACUUUGAGUCGUUUCUUGCUGCUGUGGUGACUUUGGUGGACAGGACAGGUAGCUGAACAUCAUUUGACCAAUGACUUUAGAUCAUUGUGUCAAAACCUGAGGGCAAGAUAUGAAUUUUGGAUGAGGUAAAUGUUUCCAGAUUCUGGGGAAGAUCACUUUGACACGGAGAGUGAUCUCUCAGAACUCUCAAAUGAGAGAGUACAUGCAAGAUUGGCUGUCCUCCUGUCCCACUGUCUGUGCGGCUGCUGAAAUUAUUGAGUCAUCAGCUAAUACCAAAUGUCAUGUGUGGCUGCAGGAACUCCAGUUGUUAAAAUCUCGUUUAUGCAUCCCGUCUACUGCUGCCUUCUUAGUAGAUGAGUUAUUUUCCAGUCUUUAUAGCAGUGUAGUGGUGUUCUUCAGAUGCUGCAUGGUGCUCCUAGUAAUGCCACGUCGGUAGCAUGUAAACCCUCUCUAUAUAUGGAGGUCAUGGUCCAUGAAGAUAGGGACUUCUCAUAAAGGUUUGGUGAAUAUAUUGGUCAAUAGGCAGUCAUGAUUAUGAAAGAUGAUGAUGAUGAUGACCUUGAAAGUGGAAAACCAAUUGCAUUCACUUUAGAGAAUAAUCUCCAAGUUAUUUCCUAGUUCCAGCGUUUGUGAUCAUUAAUGUUUUCUGGUGCCUGCUAUUUUUGGCGACUUGCAUGGCAUUCUUGACCAAGGCUUCCUGGGGAUGUAUGAGUUGUUACUUGCUUUACUGAUUUGUGCUGCCUUGCUGCUUAGUUUUUGCUAUGCUUGUUGUAGAUUUUGUUUCUCUAAUUUCAGCUGCAUUUUUGUUUGUUUUCUGUUUUCGAGGUUGGGAGAUUUCCUUUGCCAACCGAUUUAGUUUGCGGCGUGGCUCUGUAAUUUUAUUUACUUUUAAUGUUGGGCGGGAAUGGGGGUGAAGAAAAGAACAAACUAUCCGAUUUAGUUUGCUGCAUGCCUCCGUAAUUUUAUUUACUUUUAAUGUUGGGGGUGAAGAAAAGAACAAACUAUCGACUUAUCACUCAAAUCAGAGCGCACUCUGCACUUAUUUGCAAUAAGAUGUGUGGAUAUUCUUUCAA